AUGUUAGGAUUAGAUUGGAAGUUAGUAUUAAUGAGAUUAUGCUGCGCUCUGGUUAUAAUUGGCGCGGGAUUAGCCAGUGUAGAUGGCUAUUUGGAUACGUUUAGUGAGUUGAUAGAAGAUAUCAGCCCAGACUUUGAAAUUUUCACUGACAUUGUUGAACCAGCAUUCGGUGAAGAGGAAAACCAACCCAGCCCACAACUAAUCGCGGCUUUAAAAGCCUUUGAAGUAAUUGACGGAACGUCCAAUUACCAUUUGACAAAAUAUGUGGACUUGGCGAACACUACUGCAUACUGCGCUCUUACGGUCAAGUCAAAAAGCAUGGAGAGCACUAAGAGUUCCUGUUUUAUUACUAUUACUCUCGGCCUAGCCACACAAACGCCAGCUAAUCAAGACCCUCAGAGCAUGGGCUAUGUAUAUGUAUCAACACCCCCGGAAAACUGGUUCUUUUUGGGAGCCACAACCAACAAAGGAACCAUGGUUAUCAAAAUACUCUUGGAUUUGCUGCAAGCCACGCCCCCUCUUACAAUCGGCAUAGAUUGGGUUGACACAAUCAGCUCGGUAGGCGACACUCAAUCGGCCUCAGAUCACAUUCCAGACAAUGAAAAGACGCUAACGCUUUCUAUUAAUGUCAAUAUACUAGAUAAUUACGAGGACUGGAUGCCAAUAUUUAAGGAAAUCAAAAGAAAGUGCGAAGCUUCAAAAAGUAAGGAUGUUUUAGUCUUUGACGACAACGGUUUACUUAAUGAUUAA